ACUACAAAAACAUUUACCUUUACCAACUCUACCAAAUUACCUUACCCAAACACUAGACCAUCAAACCCCUCUCCCAAACAUAUUAAGCCCCUUACCAGACAAGAGAUGGAGGAACAAAGGCGGAAAGGAUUAUGCUAUUGGUGUGAUGAAAAAUUCACCAAUGGUCACAAAUGCAAAAAUAUGCGGUUAUUUUCCAUUGAAGAUGUUGAGGGUGAUGAAGGAGAAGAAGGGGAAGUCUUUAAGGAAGCCAUAGAAGAACUUCCAGAUGACUCCAAUCCACACAUGUCUGUUCAUGCAUUAUCUGGAGGCAGCAUUGGAGCUUACCAUACAAUGAGGGUAACUGGAUAUGUGAAUAAGAAACCUAUUCACAUACUCAUUGAUUCUGGUAGUAUUCAUAACUUUUUAGAUGUUAACGUGGCAAAAAGGGUUGGCUGUAAAUUACAAGCUGUUGAGGCUUUGAAAGUUGAUGUAACUGAUGGAAGUUCAUUGGAAUGUGUCCAUUUGUGCCAAGAUUUUACUUGGUGGUUACAAGGUGACAUUUUGUGGAAUUUUAAGACUUUACGCAUGGAGUUUGCUGUCAAUGGACAAAAGUAUGUACUCAGGGGAUCCUCUCAGGUGUCUUUAAAGAUGGUUGGCAAUAAAGGCAUGGGUGUGGCACUUGGCAAAUUGAAGAAAAUAAGGUUGAAAACGCUUCCAAGAAGGUUUCAACUUGUCUUGAAUUAGAGAAAUUAUUAUUAGAGUAUGCUGAUCUCUUUGCAGAACCUAAAAGCCUUCCUCCCCAUAAAGUUCAUGAUCAUAA